AUGUGUUUGAACUCAAGACCGUUGAUUGCGAUACCAACCGAUUCCAAUGAGCUAGAAGUAUUGACACCUGACAACUUUUUAGUAGGACGGAACCUGCAAGCAAUACCAGAAGUAGAUUAUCAGGAGGCACCGGAUCAUCAUCUUAAAUCUUACAUCUACAAUCGUAACCCUAUACAGAUGUGGCCUAUUUUGAUGCAGCUACAUAAUAUUCCGGAUGUUCCCGUGAUGGUUGUAGGAAUAUUUUGUGGCGCUAACAAACCAUCAGAUGCCGAGACGUUUCUAAGACCAUUGGUGACGGAGCUUAAUAGCCUGCAGGACAACAAAAUUAAUAUUAAUGGCAAAGAAAUAUCUAUUUCUGUGCGAAUGUUCAUCGCCGACUCUCCAGCACGGGUCUUCAUUAAACAGGUUUGUUAUUACAACGGCGUUCACGGAUGCAUGAAAUGUAAAGGACUCGGUACUAGCUUAAAAAAGCCCAAAAAAGUUAUAUUUGAGGACACUACAGCAGAUUUAAGAACCGACCUAGAUUUCCGGAAUGAGCCAUGUAGCGCAAAAGGGCAUCGCAGAGGUGAAACACCAUUAACCGACCUCAAGCAUUUUGACAUAGUGAAGGAUGUAAGUACUAGCGAUAUUUUGCAUCUGGUUCAUGUUGGUGUUGUACAUAAGCUUCUGCUAGGGUGGACCGAAGGUGAUCUUAAGCCUUUCAAAAAAUGGUCCAAAGAUGAGAUAGUUGAAAUUUCAGAAGAGCUUGUAACCAUACAAUUGCCUUCAGAAAUCCACAGAAGAUUUAGGUCCCUUGAUUCAUUGCAUUAUUGGAAAGCUUCUGAAUUAGGUAGUUUUUUACAAUACGGAGGAACACUGGAACUAUGCUAA